AUGGAAGAACUUGAACGAAAAGCUAGUGUAUUAAAAAAAAUCUCCGGUCAUUUAUUUAACCUCAGCAAUAUAUUCGAAAUUAGUCCGAAUGCAAACCAAAUAGAUUUUCUAAGACCUUUUCGUCAAAAACUUUUUGUACGCUAUGGUUAUAAUCCAAACCUUCUUACCAAUCAAUCUCAUUUCAUUGAUCUUUUUCGCGAACAACUGUCAAAAAAAGAAUUUUCAAUCAAAAUCGAUUUAACAUCCGUUUUAGAAGAAUGCCGAGAAAAUUCUUAUUUAAGAUCCGCAUUGAAAAGCCAGUACAUCGAAGCAGUCAAUAAAACACAAAGCCUAGCAACAGCUCAAUGUCAUAAAUACAAAAUUGCCUUCUUGCAAAAGUAUUUUCUCUUGCCAUCCGGGGAUACAGCACAUGUUCAACGAAUACUUUUAAAAAUAGAACAAAAUUUUGAAUCCUUACUGUUACAAACAAUUAAUAGUUUUCGGAAUGCCAUUCGUUUUCAAUUUACCGAAUUUUUACUUGUACAGCGCCCCAUAAAGUCUCCAGUUACCGCCACUGGCCGCUUCACUUUUGAAACUACACAAAUAUUAGAGGAAUAUUUUGUAGAAAAGAGUGCUCGAUUAAAUAAAGAUCAAAAACGUGAGCUAAGCUCUCAGACGGGUUUAACAGUAAAACAGAUAGAAACAUGGUUUAAUAAUCGAAGAAGUCGCUCACCUAAAGAUCCGAAUUGUGAUGAAGAUACUUUGGAAUUUCUUAAUAAAAAAAUUGAUUGGAAGGAAAAGUUUAAUAAUAUUGAAAAGGGAAUAAUGGACUCGGAUUGGAAAUACCUAGAUGAUAAUACUUCAACUCUACACGCCGAUACUUCGAAUCAAUCAGAAUAUAAUAUCGUUUCUCAAGUCACGACUAUUGACGAAACACGGAAAAAUACAACUGCGCCUUAUUCAAAAUCUUCAUCUCCAAGAACAAAAAAUCGCUCGAUAAAUCACAAUGUAAUUAGUCAAAACCUCAAAGAUGGUAACUUUAAUGCUUCAAUUCACAGUAAUACAAUGAUAAGCGACGCGACGCAUGAACCUCCAAUUGAUUUUGCAAUAGCAAAUAAUAAUCCAAUAAUUGAUACGUCUUUUAUAAAGUCGAACAACUUGAAAGUGUCACAUCGUCCAAAUAAAUACGCUGCCCGAACUCAUGCUCAACCCUAUGGUAAAUCUCCAAACUAUGCAAAUAGGAGAUUAACGGAAGGAAUUCAGACUAAUGGAAGAAUGGAAGAUGUGAUUUUGACUCAGCCUAUAUUCUCAAAUAUAAUUGAAUAUAGCUUCUCAAAUGAUCACAACGCUACCGAGAAUCCCAGCACACCCUUUAUCCUCGAUAAUGGACCUUUAUUGCAAAAUAUUCCAUUUUUACUCGAUCAAUUUGGUAAUCCUUGUUACACUAAUAAUGAUGGCGAGUUAAUAUACGCAAGCCUUUUAAACGAUUCUACUUCGAACAUUAACCUCGAACCAGCAAACAUUUUUAAUGCCACUCAAAAUUCGUACUUCUUAUCCUCCGAAACUUCUGAAUUAUCAGAUUCAAGUUUGCCGUUGAUUAUUGAUCAAAGGAUCAUUCCCCAAUCAUUAACGGAACAUAAUCUUCAGAUACAAGAUAACUUUCAAUCUGCCGAACUUCAAAACUUAGAAUUAAACAAUGUUAAUCCAAACAUGAAUCCACAAUUUUUGACAAAUCCAAACGUCAUCCAUGAUGAUGCUAUUAAUAUUCCUUUGGAAAACUACAUCGUUUAUCAGGAUAUUACUUUACCUUUCUCACAGUAUAAUCAAACUUUUAACCAGUAA